GGCACCCACGGCCCCGCGUGGGGACGCGGCACGGGACACGCACACCCCGCGACCCGGCCGUGUUUGCCUGGGGACACGGCGCAGAGGUCCCUUCACCGGGCAUUGUGGGUGGCACCCCUUCGAGCUGGGACAGCGCACGGCGCCUUUGCGCGGGGGCACGGCACGGUACACGGCACGGCUGCUUUCCCUUGGGACAUGGCAUCGCGUGGGGACACAGCGUGGCUCCCCUGGCACCGGGACAUGGUGUGGGGGCGCAGAUGGGGCCACUUCUGUGCUGGGAUGUGGCAUGGAUACAGCACACCCUCCUUCGCAAGGGGACGCGCUGUGGAACAUGUGGCACCAGGACAUGCUGUGGUCUCCUUCCACAGAGCGGGGGCAUGGCAGAGCCCCCUUCACAGGGGUGUAGGGACAGACACCUCUGUGUGGGGACCCAGCAUGCGGUGGCUUGGCCAUUUCACCAGCCCCGUCCCCCAGCGUUCCUCGGCUGAGGCUGGACUUAGUCACCGCUGGGAUAACGGGGCUGGGUCUAUCCCCUUCCUUCCCUGGAAAUCCCCGGAGGGUGUCAUCAGGGAAGCCCUGGUAGCCCUGCCCCAAGCGGGAUAUUAUAGGCAUACACGGCUCCACGGCCACCCACAGUAUUUUGGCCACCCGAGGCUCACGCGGGGCUGUCCCCUCCCCGUGGUCCCCGGGGCUCGGAGCAGAUGUCCUGCCUGGGGGCUGCAGCCUGGGCGCCUGCCUACCCUAGGGCUGCAGCCGGGGCUCUCUUCCCCCAGAUUCCCUCUUGCAGUCCGGGGGUGCUCCUGCACCCCUGCAAACACAUCCCUGCCAACACCCUGUGACGGCCCCGGGACCUGCUGCCUCCCUGCCACCAGCUGGAGAGGAGAAGCCAGCGGGGACUGCCGGGAAGGGGGACUAACCCCCCAUCCAUGGCAGGGAACAACUGCCCGGGGCUACCGGAGAGCAGCCAGUGCCCUGAGCCUACACCUGUCCCUUGUCCCCACACCAUCCACGCCAUUGCCCUGGAGGCUCCCGGUGAGCCCCAGCCAUGUAGGCACAGCCUGGGGCUCCACUGACGGCCACCAUCAACAUGCAGCAGGGCUACGCUGCCGUCCUAUGUGUCCUGGCCGUGCUGGGGCUGGAGGCCGCGGCGCCGGGCGAAUGCGAGCUCACCCGCCUGCUCCAGGACAAGCUGCAGUAUGAGAUGCGCCUGCAGUACAUGAAACAUUACUUUCCCAUCGACUACACAGUCCAGGUCCAGUAUGAAGAGGUGCUGAGGCCUUCCAACAUCACCCGCCUGCGCAACGGGACCGUGUCGGAGGCAGCGCUGCGGUACCUCUGGUUCCAUGUCAGCUCCCAGGCCGUGCUGCGGAUCCGUGAGGUGCUGCCAGAGAAGCACCCAUCCUGGAAGUACACCCAGGAGCUCUGCCAGCUCUUUGAUGCCCUGGGCGAGGAGUACAGCAAGUACCGGCAGGUGAGGAUCCCCCCGGCACCCCAGCCCAGCCGCACGUCUCGCACUCCUGUGCUGGGGGGCACGCACUGA